GGUCGGGCACCAGUCACCACCACACCAGCGCCGCUCGCCAGUUUCCCGCGGUUUCCCCGCCCACGCGCCCCAAAUUCCCGCCAGAAACCGCGCAGUUGUCCAGCGGCGCCCCCCGCCGCCGCCGAGUAGUCGGCUCGCUCCCCUCACGAGCUGGUAGCGAGAGGGGCAGGAGGGGAGGACAUGUCUUCCUGGGACGACGACGAGUCCGCGGCGGCGUCCGCGGCCGAGGCGGCGACCACGGACGUGGAGCUGCUGAGGCGGGCCUGGCGCAACGAGAAGGACGCGCCGGAGAUCCUCUGCUUCGACUCGCCCCUCGUCUCCCGCGUCCGCGAGCAGAUCCAGCUCCUCGAGGAGACGCUGGACGACUUCGCCGACACCGGCGUCGACGACCUGGUGGUCUCGCUCUACCAGAUGGACCUCGACCGCACGCUCUCCCUCCUGCGCUCCUACCUCCGUCUCCGCCUGCAGAAGAUCGAGAAGUACACGAUGCAUAUCUCCAGGUCUGACGACCUCCUCAGCCGGUUGUCGCCGCAGGAGCGCCGGUUUGCCAAGAGUUGCGCUGAGAUCAUGGAGAAGCAUCUCGGGCAGUCGGUGCUGUCAAAGCUGCCUUACGGCUACGACUCGGUUACCAGGCAGUCCUUGUCGAGCACUGAGGAUGACAUGGUGCCAGAGCCUCAGCUUGACACCUUUGUCUUCUGCAAGACUAAGAGUGAUGUUGGAGCCUUCCAGCUAGAUGACAUUGGAGAGGAGGUUGUGGACUUGGUUGCAGACGACUUGUAUGUUCUUCGGUACAAGUCCAUCAAGGGCCUUGUCGAGGGUGGUCGGAUCGACCUGAUCUGAUGUGAAUAACAUGUCAAUGCCUGCAAUCGAGUGAGCAUUGGAGAUUCUUCUGAAUUUCUGGAAUUGGAGGAAUCAAGGGAACGAGAAUUGUUCAGAUAAAUGCCAUCAAUGUGGCUUGGGGGCAUGUGGCCAGAGGUUCAUCUUUUUCUUUACUACAUUUACUAAUGAAACCAGGAUCAUGUAGCCCCCCCCCCCCCCCUCUCGGUAUCGUUGUCUUGUUGGCUCCAUAUGUGCUCCAUGUUUGUUGCUGGCUUGCUGCCGAAGAAAAUUGUACUUGUUCACCACAGAUUCAAGCAGUUUGGUGCUUUAGAAAAGGACGUGUGCACAGCACAGUAUGCCUUUUGAGACCUUACGAAAGCAAAUGAAACAACCAAAGAAAGCGUGUGGCCUUAGUGGCUUAA